AUGUUGUCCCAUCUUCGCUUCCACCGACGCGGCCCCUCGAACCCCUCGUCUCCCAACCCUGACCAGGCGGCGGCCCCUUCUCCCUGGGAGCACUCCCCCUCCAACGCGCAACCUCCCUUCCUACAGCAAGAUGUGCCCUCAAAUGACGCCCGCUCCCCGUCUGUCGCCGUCUCGUCGCCUGUUCUGCCCCCCACACUGCCCCCCAUCACCCGCGUCACCUCGUCCGAAGCCGAAUCCCAGCUCGACUACAUUCCAGCCCCCGAUCCAAAGGCGUCCCUGUCCCGCCAAUCGGUCAAGUCCCCCUUCAAUGACGAGUCUGGCUUUAUGGGCGGCGUAGCGUUGCAAAAAUAUCGCCGCGAACAACAGCAGCAGCUGCUGCAGGAACAACAACACCAACACCAACACCAGCAACAGCAGCAACAAUCACUACAACCGCAGACCACGAGGAAGCCAGACGCCCUCAACGUGUACACGCACACACUCGCGCCGACAUCACCAAGUGCUGUACCUGUCCCUCCCGGAACCGCACAAGAAUCUCGCCCAGGACUCCCGGCGUUACAGACACAACCCCAGAAUCAAGCCAUCUCCGGUCGACGCCCGCCCGCCGCAAGGCUCGCCACCGAGCCGAGCCCCGUGGCUGCCCCCAACAACGAUAUCGAGGUAUCCAAGGGCAGGAGAGCCUUGCCGUUCCUCAAAAACCCCAUGUCGACCCUAUUGAUGCGUCGGAGCAGACGAACCACAACGCGCCCGAGUCACGCCUCUUCCUUUGAACGAGAACUUCCCGCGCCCCGCUCGACGCGCAGACCCGUGCCUUCGCCCUUGCCCGAUCAGAUCGAUGGAGAGGACCAGGCAGGUCUCUUCAAAACGUCCUCGAGAGACGGCUCGCGUGACCUCUCGACCCAGGGCAGGCACAAAAGUAAUGCUUCCGACUCUGGCCAGUCCGGGUCGUUUGGAACCGCUUCACAACUGCUUCCCGACGCCGGCAGCAUCGCCUCGAAUAAAACGAGGAGCAGCUCAAACCUCGACAGGAAGCCCCUGCCCGAGCCACCAAGCGUGCCAGAGGAGAACAUUCCUCCCUCUGUUCGCUCCACCUCAUCAGCUUCCAGAGUAACCCCGAACGAGGCUGUGGCCGUACUGAGAGCUUCAGCUCCGUCCACGAGAACCAAUCGAUCCCGCAAUGCAUCCAUUGGUGCACUUUCUGGCAAAGAUGUUCUAUCUUCUGUGCCUCGCCAUAUGAAGAGCACAUCCUCCAGGUUCAGCUUUGAUAUGGUUGGUGCAGCCAAACAGGAAAAGCUGCUGGAGGAGAGGCAUCGACAGCGCGAAUUGGAAAAGAAGACGAACGAGCCCGAGUCUGAUACGAUCCGCGACUCGAGAUUUGAUGACUUCGACGAGGAUGGCUUCGACUAUGAUGCCAUGAUGGAAGACGAUGGUCUUGAGGAGCCGAUCCCAAUGGCUGACGAUGACUAUGGCUAUGAUGACGGGUUCGAAGAACCCAUCCCCAUGUCUCACGACGAUUACGAUGAUGGCUUCGAAGAGCGCAUUCCCAUCAAGUCGGACGAAUACGAUAUCGAAGAAGAGCCUGUUCCCAUGACCGACGAUGACUACGACGAGGAUGAGGAGCCCUUUCCCUACGAGAACCUCCUCAGCAGCAAGCUACCAGCAGAGGCACUGCCUGUCGCCGAGGCCGAUACCGCAAAGGACCCUGACGAUGACCAAGAGAAUUUCGCCGGCUUUGUUUUCCAACGCUCCAAUCCGACUUCCGAGCUUGCCACCCCUCGAAGCGCGGGGUUACUCGUGACCCCGCGAGAUGCAGAUGGCAAGGUCAUUGGUUUCGCCAUGUCGAGUACGCCCGGGCUGCCAGCCACCGUAUCCCCAGAACUUCCCGCUGAAUCGUCUCUGCCAUUGGAUGGCGACCACGAUGUGGCCGGCCUUGGAAUCCGAGGCGCAUUUGCCGCCGCUCAGGGGUCCCGACAGGCCUCACACGCGGCAGUCGAGGCAGCGGCGGCGGAGGAGCAGAGCAAACGCGUCUCGGACAGCACCUCCCGACUCUCGGCACUUUCCGAAGCGGACCCGUCCACGGCGCAUACGUCUCUGAGCGUCGGCGUGCGGCACUUGUCUGGUGCCAGCCACGAGGGCGAGGGGCUGCCGUCCGACAGAGCCUCGGCACGGACGAUCCCUGGCCCCGAGCAAGACAAGAUGGCCGUCUACCAAGCAGCUCUGGCCGCUGCGGCAAAUGAAGCGGCGGCGAACGGCAAGUUCCGGAGGGACUCAUCCCCUCCGCCAAGCGAGAUCAUGUCGGCCGGUCCAGAGCUCUCCCAAGAUUUCACGGACGACUCUCACCUGGACACAGUCUCGUUCGACGAUUACGAAGACGAUUAUGCACAGGACAUGGACGGGUAUGAUUUUGACGACGACGCUAUCAUUGCCGAGGCCAACGCAGAUGCACUCGCCAAUGACGGCGACGGCUGGUACGGAUCCGAGUUUGGCUUUUACUCUGCCCCAGGCCCCCAACGUCACAGCCGGGAUAAUUCCGACGAAAAGACGUUUGAAUACUCCAACGGGGGCUUCUUUGGACCCUCAGGCGUCAACAGGUCCAAGUCGGGACGUGUUGUGUCCCGCGAGCCCAAUCUGACACCGAUUACGGAACGUUCAGAGUACUCUAACCGCAACUCGAUCAUGAGCCUUGCCGUGCCGCCCCUGGGCUCCGGCCCAUCCAGUCUUGCGAGUCCUGGCCUGGCUCAACUAGCCAUGAUGGCCGACGGCGACGACAACAUGAACCUGUCGGCGCUGUUGCGACUGCGAUCCAGGGCGUGGGGUGGGUCGCAGAUCAGUCUCAACUCGAGCCGCGAGGGAUCACCAAUGUCGGAGCGCGGAGACGGUGCGAGCUCGCCGUGGGGCUCGAUGCCGCCAAAUAGCUUUCUCAGCCAUUACGGACACGGGCGCAAGAACUCAUCCUUCUCCGUGCGCAGUCGCGACGUGGACUCGUCCGAAGCCGGCAGUGCGUCUGGCUCGCCCACACUGACCAUGUCGAUCCCCAUGAUGAGCUCGCCGCCCCCGCCGCUUCCGUCCAUGAUCCCCACGAGCCCGCUCAGCUUCUCGGCGUCGAAUAAUGCGCCAUCGUACCUGUCGUUCCACGAGCCAGUGCUGCCGUCCAUUGAACAGGAUGGCGAGUCCUCUACGUACAGCAACACGGCGAGUCCUGAGUUCCAGAGCCCCGACUUGUCGCACCCGAAUCUCUCUUCGCCGCCGUCGAAUGCGUCAUCAUCGCGUAGACCAGGACUGGGCCACAAGCACAAGAGCUCGGCCGACAGCAUCUCCUAUAUCAAAGAGGAGGAUCGAGGCGAGUCGCGGUGGAUCUUGGAGAGGCGCUACACGGCCGAAACUGGGCAGGUCGAGGUGGAACGCGAAGUCCUCGAGAAGGGGCGUAUCUGA